AUGGCACAGAUUAUUUAUGACGCUACAUUCUUUGCCAAAUACCCCGCCCUUGAUCGAUCAGUCAAGGGCCUGGAUGGCGCGCCGGAAUGGCCACGACUUCGAGAGCUUCCUCCCAGUCUCAGCGGCAACGUGAUAGGUUUCGGCUGUGGUUUUGGGUGGCUUGCACGCUGGGCGAUGGAUGCAGCGCAGAUCCUGUGUGAGGCAUCGAUAACUUCCAAAACAUGCUCACCCUGGCGCGCGAAAGGACCAACGAUAACAACAUCCACCAUGAACUCACGGAUCUCGAUAGCAUAG